GCGUGAGGAUAAACUGUUAUUCGGGCAUCUGCAGAGCAAGGUUCGUCUGGCUGUUUCUCCCUGGAGAUCGAGAGUGUGAGCCGUCCGCUCAGGAGUCUGGAAGUGAACGCUGUGGAAGUUGUUGCAGUCUUUCAAGUCCUUUAAAUCCUUAUUGGUCCGGCAGCCACGGAACUUUGAAGGAGGGGGUGGGGUGGGAAAGGAAGCCGAGAAAAGGCAAGCGAGCGAUAAAAAGGAGGUGCAGUUUCUAAACAGGGCUCGCGUUCUCUCCUCCUUUCCUGCCCAGCCUCUCCUCCAACUUCGCCUGGCCAACCCGGCUUUAGACCCUAUGGCCGACCACCGAUUCAGCCCCGUGUCGGAGGAGAAACCCUGCUGCGACAUCUCCAGGAAGGCCUGGAUCUGGCUCUGCUUGUUUCUCUGUCUCGUGGUCUUGGGGGUCAUCGCAGUGGUGAUCGGAGUCCUGAUGUGGCCCCGGCCGCUCAAGGAGUGGAAGGGGUCGGGCACCACUGCCCAUUUGCGCGAGAUCGUGCUGGGGAGAUGCUACAUCUACACUCAAAUCAUGCGGCCUGAGUUGAGAGAUAAAGACUGCCAAAAGAUACAGGAGGCGUUCAUAAAGUCAUUUACUUCUAAGGACCCUUGCAACGUUACAGAACAAGACUAUCAACUGUUCAUAGAGCUGACGAAUGAAAUUGUACCCUGCGACAAGACUGUCUUUUGGAGCAAAACAAAGGAGCUGGCGCAUCAGUACACGGAGAUCCAGCAGGAGAUGUUCACCCUGGAAAACACGCUGCUGGGUUACAUUGUCGACGGUCUCCGGUGGUGUGGAGACGCGGGCUCUUCUGAAAUAAACUAUAAAUCUUGUCCAGACUGGAGGGAAGAAUGCUUCAACAACUCUGUUUCUGUAUUCUGGAACGCGGUUUCCAAAAGGUUUGCAGAAGAUGCCUGUGGUGUGGUCCAUGUGGUGCUCAAUGGUUCCCUCAUUAAAGCCUUUGAUGAAAAAAGCACUUUUGGACGUGUGGAAAUCCGUAAUUUGCAUCCACAGAAGGUUCAUACACUGCAGGCUUGGGUGAUGCAUAGCAUUGGAGGAAUUGCCAGCAUCUCAUGUUCGAGUUCCUCCAUAUUUAAUCUGAAAACGAUUAUAAAUGAAAGGAAUAUUACAUUUACCUGCCAGGAUAACUACAGGCCUCUCAAGUUUAUUCAGUGUGUGAAAAAUCCUGAGCAUUCAUCUUGUACAUCCGAGAUAUGAGCCAAUCUCACGGUUGUUUCAGAUCUUUGAGCGCUUGCAGUCUACAUCAACAUGUAUGACUCAGCAGACACUCUGGUGGAUAGCAGAGGACUUGAAGGGAUCGUCUGUCAUCAUGUGAACACUAGAGAUGGAAACCUUUUCCUCCAAAGUCUUAAAAUAGCAUGUUAUCGGCCUAGUUUUUAUUUUGAUCUCCUAAUAAUCAAGAAAAAAAUUAAUGUAUAAAAUUAGAAUGAAAUUUUUAUAUUAAUUUAUUUCAUUUUAACUUUUAUAUGAUGCUUUUAUGUUGUUUACAUGUUGGUAACAUUCUUUCUGUUGAAAAACGACUACGCCAAACCUCUCUUAUUGGCAGAGGCAAGGAAAGAAAGGUAAAUGCUCAAGCUGUUCAGAAAAUGUUACAUUUCCAAUUGAAUGACCUUGUCUCAGGAUAUAUUUUUGUACCCUUCAUACAGAGAGUUAAACUAUAAAUUCCAUGGUAAUGGGUCAUUGGAAAAAGUAUUCUGUAGAAUAUAUGCUACCUAUGUACUUGAUGCUUUAUCUCUAACCAUUCCAACACCCCUAUAAAGUUGACAUUAUUAUGUCCCAUUUGUUAGAUGAGAAAAUGGAAGCUCAGAGAGGUUAUAUAAUUUGCCUAAAGUCAUGCAUUUAGUUCAAGGUAGAGGCUGAAUUUGAACUCAGCUCUGUCUGACUCCAAAGUACGUGUGCUCUCUCUUUCAAGAUAUUUUUGAUAUUUCUCAAUACCAAACCUACAGCACCUUAUGUUCUCUUCUAAUAAAUGCACAUUGGAUUAAAUUGAAUACUAUAGAAUCUGGAAUGUGAUUUUUCUGCAUGACUUCAAACAGAUACAUUUUUUUUCCUCCUCUCCCUCCUCCUUGUGCUCAGUGUCUUAUAUAUGUAGUAGGCAGUUAAAAUAUGUUCGUUCCUGAUACUGGCAAUUUAUGUUUCUCCCUUUUUUUCUCGAUUAGUCUUGCUUGGGGAUUAUCAAUUUUAUUACUCUUUCAAAGAACCAAUCUUUAGCUUUGUUGAUUUUUUCUUUCUAUUUAAUUUGAUUUUUGCUCUUCUCUUUAUUAUUAGAGAUGUAGAAAUUCCUUCUAAUUUCUUUGGGUUUCUUUAUUGAGCUUCUUGAGAUGGAAGCUUAGAGCAUUGAUUUUUCAGCCUGUUUUUUUUCUUAUACAUACAUUUAGUACUACAAAUUUUCCUCUGAGCACUGCUUUAGCUGCAGCUCUUAAGUUAUGAUACAUGUCUUUCAUUAUCAUUCAGUUAAAAAUAUUUUCUAAUUUCAUUGUGGUUUAGAAAGAUGUUGCUUAAUUUUCAAACAUCUGGAGAUUUUCUAGUUUUCUUUUUUUAAACAUAGAUGCGUUACAUGAAGAAUUGAUGAACUAAUUUGAGACUCCUUUGGGAAACCCACUUAGUUUGUUGAAAACAGCAUAAAUUUUGGAGUCAGGCAUUUCUAGGUUCAUAUUUUGGCAUCACUCUGUGAUCUUGAACAAAAUACCUAACCUCUCUGAGCUUCAGCUUCCUUGCCAUUCAAAUAAGGAUUAUAAAAUUACCCCCAUUAAAGUGUGGUGAGAAGUAAAUUGUGGUGAGAAAAAUUGACGCUCUGGUGCAGUGCAUUCUAUGGAAGCAAGCACUCGACCAAGGUUGGCUCCUUUCUGUCUGCCCCUGAUUGACAAUCCAGUUUUCUUCAGGAGACCUUGCAGCUACAGCCACUGUGAUCAGUCCAGAAGUUCUUCACUAGCCCCUUCUGCACUUAGGCAUGUCCUCAUGGGAAUUUAGUCUUGGCUGAACAGGAGGAUGGGUGCUUGGGACCGGUUCAGAUUUGCAACAAGUUUCAAUUAACUCUACUUGCAGAAUGUCUUCAGAAAUAGGGUCCUACUAAUCCACUGAGUGACCUGGCUAUUUUUCUCUCAAGACUCUGCCUUAUUGUCGGGCUCACUUGCUGAUUUCUCAACUCUCUAAUAUAUCUUCCUUGUUCACCAGGAUACCUCUUGGAGUGGCUGCCCGUGUCAGAAAAAUUUUGUUCUUUAUGUCCCCUUCCAAAGAUGAAACAGAGUAGAAAUUAAUUUGUAUGAGGCUUUCCCCAAGAAGACUCAUUUGAGUGUUCAAGUUCAAAGUUGGUGGAGACCUAAGAGGAGGCUGGUCCCAAGGUUUCACACUGUGCCACAGAGGGCCCUGGGGAGCCCUGGAGGAGGUGGCUACAGGCUGGGUGCUCUUUUCUCCUGUACCACCUCUGUAUCCUCAUUACCAUGAUGCCCCAAUCUCUCUCUAUAGUUCCAACUCUGUACCUUUGCCAUCUCUAGCCCUAAGGACUUUCUGGCCUCCUUAUAGGAAUAGAUCCUCCAUAUCCCUCUUCUUUUAAGUGAUGUCUCUACUGAAUUACUGAUUGCUUAUAAACUUCAUGCUUUACUUAUAACCUUGCUACUUCCUGUCUCCUACUCCAUUCUUGUUUGCUCUUGAAAAUCCUCUUACCAUCCCAACUUGCACCCACCAUCAUACUUACCCAAAGGCUGUGGGAACAGGCCUUAAUUUCCCUUUUCUAACUCCCUGAGGCUCACUAUUUUUUUUCCUGUAAUGGUUCUUGACCAUAUAAUGUUUGUGGUACACUUUCAGAUACAGUUCUGAAAUUUUAGACUGAAUACUUGAAAGGAUACACACACACACACGUGCACACAUAUGUAUAUGUGUGUAUACAAUAUAGACACAUCCUUUCAUGAUCCAAAAAUCACAUCUCUCAAUCCCCAGUAAUUCUACAUUCAAUGAGUCCUUCUUUAGCCCUGCAGCACUGUGUUGACGUGUUUAGUGUCUCCUACAUACCUGGCAGAAAGAGCCAGGUAUAUAUCAAAUAUUUCGGCAAAAUGCAUUCUUUCUUUGGCUUUGGCUUGACAGCUUUCUAGGCCUUUAGCUCUAGUUGGAUCAAGCUCAGCCCAGGUCUGCACACUCCCUGCUAGACGGACACAGCAGGAGCAGCAUCAGCUUGCUUCUCGGCAUCCCGCUCCUCCUUAAAACAGUUCCUGAGACUGUGACAUGAGGCUCUCAGGUAGGAUCCAUGCUACACAGGAGGACUCUGUUUUUGUGCAUUUUUAAAAGGCCACUAGUUAUAUUCAUUGGAUAAAUGUUUUGCACAGCAAAUUAAAAUUGUGUAAAGUAAAAUGUGAAAGUAAACCUAGAGGAUGAUAUAACUUUGAAAGGCGUUUUAUAAGUGCAGUGUUAACCCAGACAUUUUCCUGUUAACCCAGUCUUUUAAAAAUAGUGAAGGAACUAAUUUAUUUAUACUACUAAGAGUCAUCAUUUUAAUAUAUAUAUAACAAUCUCUCGGGGACUCAGUAGCUGGGUGCUGCCCGGGUGCCGCCCUGAGAGGCAGUGGUUGGCUGGCUCUCAGCUCACAGCAACAAAGCACAGACGGCUUUGAACUGGUCCCUCACAGAGCAUUUAUCCUUGAACUUGAUUCACAUAGGUGCACAUGACCAUUCUCAUCCUCUGAUCGAAGUGCAAGCAGCACAAGCUGUGAAAACUGUGGAAUUAAGAGACAGUUCAUUAACUGGGCAAGUUCAUUAAUAUCUGUGAAUCUCCAGUUUGGAAUGUAUUUAUAACAGACAUAAAUGUAUUAUACAACAAUAAAAGAAAAAUAAA